AUGCCGGCCCCGUCUACCCCCACCCCUGAUCUAAAUGAUGACAACUUCAUAGAGAAGUUUAGGAGGCUGGCUCCUCCGAAUUUCUUUGGGCUUGGGAGUGUAGAGAAAGCUGAUCAAUGGAGAAGAUUGUUAGUACCUGAUCGCGUGUGGCGAGCAACUGACUGGUGCAAGCAUGCGUUCGGAGUUCAACCUGGUUCAGGAUUUCUUUUUGGCCUUAUGAGCUUUUCUUUAUUUAUCGUGGUUUGCUUUGAUUCUGCCCUCUUAACACGGUUAUCCUCACGACCCGCACAAAGGACCUCAUUUCCAUACCAGGACACGACCCGCACAAAGGACCUCAUUUCCAUACCAGGACAGGUAAAGAGUCAUCAGCACAUCCUUGAUCCCUUAACAGAUGAAGAGGCAUGGCUUUUGUUUAGAAAGAAUGCAGUUCAAGAAAGAGAACUCUCUGGAGAUUUUAAAGAGGUGAGAAGACUUAUUGUGAAUAAAUGCAAGGGUCUACCCCUUGCAAUCAUGGCCAUGGCAGUUAUUGUGUCCAGGAAAGCCAUGGAAGUGGGAGAUUGGAUUGAUGUUUUAGACAUAAUCCAUAGGACUACACCUAACAAUACGUCAUUAAAUGGGAUUUUGUCUACGAGUUAUAAUGCAGUGCGCCCUCUCCUCAAAUAUUGUUUCUUGUACUGUGCUUGGUUUCUAGAGGAAUACAAGAUUAAAAAAACCAUGUUGGUUAGAUUAUGGGUUGCUGAAGGAUUUGUAGAAGCACAACGAGGGAAGUUCGAGGAGGCUGCAGAGGAUUGUAUGAAGGAACUUCUUGACAGGAACUUAAUUCAGGUCCAUGUUGUGGUGCGCCAGCUUGCUCUAUCUAUUGCAGAGAAGGAGAAAUUUGAGCAAGUUCUAACAUAUGAAUCUUCCACAUUUGCUGAUAAAACAUUGCACCUCUCAAUCCACGAGAGCAAUAUCAAUGGCGUGCUUCCUAACCACAAGCUGAAAACACGCACUCUUCUAAAUUUUGGUGAGGACAUCUUGCCCUUUACCUUACAAACCAGAAUUUCCAAGUUAAAUUUUGUGAGAGACAAUGUAUCUCAUACCUCACAAUCGGAUUUAUCGAGGUUAAGCUCCCUAAUAGUUUUGGACUUCGACGGGGUUCAAAUUGAAAGGCUGCCUAAGCAGAUCAGAAAAUUAAUUCAUUUGAGAUAUCUAGGGUUAAGAAAUACAGGGAUUCUGAAACUCCCAAAGUAUUUGAAAUACCUUCCUAGACUGGAAACCUUGGAUGUGAGGGGCUCUAAUUUAGAAUCAUUUCCCAAAGAGAUCUCAGUUCUGCAACACUUGACCCACCUGCUUGUAAGUCGGCGAAGAAAUUCUACCGAGCAAGCAAUUAAUGAAGUACCUAAACUCUAUAAAAAACUCAACCAUGAUGAAUACAUGCAGCUGAAUAUCCAUGUGGAGGGUUGGAAAAGCCUUCAAACGCUGAAACGCGCAACUGUUGAGGGAACUGUUGUCAAAGAAUUGUCCAAGUUGAUCAAACUCAAGAAGCUAUGUGUCCAGGUUGUGAGUGAGGGGGAUGGGAUGCAGAUAAUGGAGUCCAUCAAAAACAUGUCUGACCUUGAAACCUUGUCUCUAGUGGAUAAAAAUAGCCAAAUAUCCUUGCAAUCAAUGACUUGCCCGCCAACGGGACUCGGGCAACUAAGUGUGGAUGCAGUUUUAGGCGAGUUACCGAGCUGGUUGUACAGCCAUAGGCAUCUAAAGACUCUGUACUUGGGGUCUUCUGCAUUAGAUGUUGAUCUACUGGUGGCCUUGCAAUCUUUGCCCAAUUUGGCGAGGCUUACACUUUCUAAGGCUUACAGUGGAAAGAGAAUGGGAGUUGGUGGCCUCAAUGGAUUAGAAAACUGA